GAGUGUGUUGCUAUGGUGCAGUUGACUCAGGACCUACUCUCCUUCUGGAUCCUGUGCGGCAUCAUCCAGGGCUGCCCGAGCUCGGGCUGUGACUUCGCGCUAACUGCAGAUCCCUUCAUGGAGCACUUCGACGGGGAGAUGUGCAUAUUCGCUGCGGCCGAGAGAGUUGCCGCGCUUAAGCUCAAAAUUCGCAAGUGUGAGAUCGUCCCGCUGAGUGGCCCGUUCUCGCUCGUGCUCCAGAGUGGCUACGCAGAUCGCGUUCGACAGCUCGUGCCUGCCUGGGAAGGGAUCCAGAUCAAGCCAGUCCUGAAGGGCCUUGGCAUGUGGCUGGGACCAGAG